GGACAAUACUUGUUUAAUUUACUUACUUAAGGAGGCUGUUCCGUACAUGGCUGUCAAAAAUUUCUCCAUCACAUCGACCAGUUCUUUAAGAGCCUGCGACAUAUUCCAUAUUCUGAAAUCUGUAACAUAAUCUUCUUCAAAAUCACUACCAGCUUUACUCAAUUUCACUCCAAGCGACUAAGGACAAUGAGUUCUUCUUCCAACGCCAACAACGCCACUAAUAUGGAGAUUCCUAGUAUUCCCAUGACGGAAUUCCACCAACCCCUUGGGUUCGUAUGCUGCCAGUGCCAAUGGCGUAGCAGCGGUAGCCUUUGCUCAAAUCCACACAGACCGGACUGUCCUCAUCAGACGACGCCUCGCUGCCAAAAUUGUCUCAUUAUCUUCACGGACCCUAAAAAGAGUGCUAACGAUGAGGAGAGCGCAGAGCGGCGAGGCUCGUCGGGCUCUGACAGCUCGGAUACAAGUGAUGGCCAUUAGGUCCAACUAAAUCCUAGGAAGUAGAGUAGUAGGAGGUGCUUUAGACCUCUUACAUCCUUCCUUUAGGCACUAGCUAUGGCUAGAGCAUACAGAGGACCGUAGAUAUAUCUCUAGAUGAGAUAGGCAUCGUAGACUUUGCCAAAAUCUACAGAACACUCUGCUAAACACAAGCUCGCGAGCUUAUCUUAGGACGCCACGGCCGGUCCGUGGUCUAUAGAAAAAAGUAGAAAAGUAGCAAAAAAAUUGGAGUAAAAUUACCCCCCGAAAUUUGACCAGAUUAACUCGUCCCAGUACACAUGUGAAGCCACGAAACGUAGAUAAACCAGUUUCCGUAUAACCUCAGUUUUUUUCU